AUGAAACAAGCAGCAAACGACAACUGUCGAAGCAUUGCAUUCCCAGCUAUCGGUUGUGGUCUAGCUAAAUGUUCAACUAGUCUAGUUGCUCAAACGAUGAUUCAAGAAGUCCACCGUCAGUUAGCUAAAUAUCCUCUUUCUGUUAUAUUUGUAAUUAAACCAGAAAGAUCGGAUAUUUAUGACGAGUUUAAUAAAGAAAUUCGUUUAUUACAAGAACCUAAACAACCAUCGAAUGUUGAAUACAUUUCAACAACAAUUGGAAAAGGAACAAUCGAAGUUGAAAAGGGAAAUAUAACUAAACAAAAGGUAACAAGAUAA